AUGGCCUCCCAAGAUGGACCCGACCAUGGUGAUUCUGAAUCAAGGCAAAAUGCUUCCUCUAGAGGACAAGAACGUGCAAGUGAGGAAGCCUUCACCCUCACUGAUCUCAUCACGGCUAUGCAGGCCAUGGGGGAAACCCAGAAGGAGAUGAUGGACACUAUCAAAGAAUUAAAAAAUGCUGCUUCCAAGCCAAGCGAAGAGGAUAGACGUCCGCAAGAAGAAUCUGCCGCUGCUGGAAAGGGGUCUGAACAAAGGGGACCGUCUUUUGUCACCCAGGAGGAUGUCGUUGCCAUGCUGGAAAGGGAGCUUAGUCGAAGUCAGGAGGAUUGGAAGUACAUUCCUCAGCCACCGUACCCAGCAAGUUUACUCCAGCAGCCCUAUCCCAAAGGUUACGAAACACCAACCUUUGUUCUCUUCGAUGGGAGGAAAGGAAGCCCGAAGGAACAUGUCAACCGAUUCCUUGAUGCUUUGGGGCCACACGCUGGUGAUUAUAAUCUGCGACUCCGAGAAUUCUCAAAGAGCCUCACCGAUCGGGCUUAUACAUGGUACACCACAUUGGCACCAGGCUCUAUGCGUUCUUGGGACGAUUUGGCAAGCAGGUUUUGUAAAAAAUAUUUUCAGCACGAGGAGAGGGUCACCACCACGCAGCUCAACAACACUCGCCAAAAGCAAGGGGAGGAUCCUGUGGACUUCGUGAGAAGAUUCCGGGACUUGGCUCUCGAUUGCUAUGACGAAAAAGAUGAGGAGGCACUUGUUGAGAUUUGCAUCAGCAACAUUGUGGCAGACUAUAGAGUAUACUUGGAGAAUAUUGGCAUCAGCCAAUUUUCCCGGCUGCUGGAAGCGGUAAGAAAGACAAGCAUGUCUGUCAGACCGACUGGACAAAGGGGCUGGAGGAGUGAGAAGAAGGAAUCUCAUCAGGUGUUAGCCACGGAUGAGAAGCCAUCUAAUGACUACAGCUCACGCAAACGAAAAGAUAGGGAGACGUACCCGCCAUUGCCUUGCAAAGAGGAAGAGUUUCAUGCCAUCCUCGACACAAUGAUUGCUGACGGGCGCAAUCAAACCUCUCAGGCCCUACAAGGUCCCCACCAGGGAAGAAAAAAGUGA